AAACAUCGCCAUAACCUUCAACACAACACACUUCUUGUUGAUCACGAAAAACGUGAAAACCAAUUAAUUUCACACUUUCUUGCAACCAAAAUCAAACUACUAUUAAAAAUCCCAAAAAUUCCACCCAACACCUCGAAGAUCAAACCCUAUAUUCAUUUGGCGUUUUAAUCACAAUUUCUUGGUGGGUUUACUUUAUUUCAUCUUCUUGUUGAUGUUAAACGUGUUAAUUUGAUUUUCAUAUCAUGUUUUUGCUAAAUUUCUUGUAAAGUUUGAACCUUUAUGUAUCAAGAAUGCUUGUUGUAAACAAGGGUCUUGAUUAAACAGAAUUUGAACAAAUACCCAUCCGGGGUUGUGUUGUUUCUUGAAUUAUUGUGUUCAAAAUCAAGAAAAGAUGGUGGGUACAGAAAUUGUUACAGAUGAGGGUUUGAAUAAUGCUUAUGUUAAUGGUUUGAUUCAAACUAAUAACGGGUCUUUAGAGGGUAAACUCGAUGAGCUUAGGAAACUAUUGGGCAAAUCGGACGAUGAUCCGUUGCGAAUUGUAAGUGUUGGGGCGGGUGCUUGGGGUAGUGUGUUUGCAGCCAUGUUGCAAGAUGGGUACGGUCAUUUGCGCGAUAAAGUUCAGAUUAGGAUUUGGAGGAGGGCUGGGAGGACGGUGGAUCGAGCGACAGCUCAGCAUUUGUUUGAUGUUAUAAACUCGAGGGAGGAUGUUUUGAGGAGGUUGAUUAGACGGUGCGCGUAUUUGAAGUAUGUUGAAGCGAGGUUAGGUGAUAGGACGCUGUAUGCGGAUGAGAUUUUGAAAGACGGGUUUUGUUUGAAUAUGAUUGAUACGCCGAUUUGUCCGUUGAAGGUGGUUACUAAUCUGCAAGAGGCGGUUUGGGAUGCGGAUAUUGUUAUCAAUGGGUUGCCUUCGACUGAAACACAUGAGGUUUUUGAGGAGAUUGGGAAUUAUUGGAAGGAGAGGAUUACGGUUCCCGUUAUUAUUUCGUUAUCGAAGGGUAUAGAGGCUGAGUUGGAACCUGAACCUAAAAUAAUCACUCCCACUCAGAUGAUUAGUAGAUCAACUGGAAUUCCAAUGGAAAAUAUUCUAUAUCUCGGUGGACCAAAUAUCGCAUCGGAAAUAUAUAAUAAGGAGUAUGCAAAUGCGCGGAUAUGUGGAGCAGAGAAAUGGAGGAAACCACUAGCCAAGUUUCUAAGGCAACCGCACUUUACUGUAUGGGAUAACGGUGAUCUUAUCACUCAUGAAGUGAUGGGUGGGUUAAAGAACGUCUAUGCCAUUGGAGCCGGUAUGGUAGCAUCAUUAACUAAUGAGAGUGCCACCAGCAAGUCGGUGUACUUUGCACAUUGUACAUCCGAAAUGAUAUUCAUAACUCAUCUUUUGGCUAAAGACCCGGAGAAGCUAGCAGGCCCGCUUUUGGCUGACACGUAUGUGACAUUAUUAAAAGGUCGUAAUGCAUGGUACGGCCAAAAGUUGGCAAAGGGAGAAUUGACUCUCGAUAUGGGUGAUAGCAUCAAGGGGAAGGGUAUGAUCCAGGGAGUUUCAGCAGUUAAAGCAUUUUACGAGCUACUUAGUCAAUCUCAUUUAAGCAUACUCCACCCGGAAGAGAAAAAGCCUGUUGCUCCAGUCGAGCUUUGUCCCAUUUUGAAAACACUCCACAAAAUAUUAAUAUCAAGGGAGGCUCCAUCACAGGCUAUUCUGCAGGCAUUAAGGGAUGAGACGAUGAAUGACCCGCGUGAUCGGAUUGAAAUGGCUCAAACUCAUGCUUUCUACAGGCCUUCACUUUUGGGUCAGUAGUAGUUUUGUUUGCCAAAUGUUUAGCGUUUAUUAUCAACGGUUUGUUUGGAUUGGAAUGGAAUGAUUUGAGGUUAAUUUGUUGUUAUAUUAAAUAGAGAUUGUGUUGUUUA